UUUUACGAACGUAGCUGAGAUACAGAGCUGUGGACAUUACUCCACAAAUCACACCCGGGGCCCGAUGGAGUCUCUGCAAUCAGCUGUGCAUCAUUUCUUGUUAUGAGAAACAAAUAAUGAACGGCAAAACACACACUUAAACAAUGGAAGGAACGCUGUAUAAAUGGACCAAUUACAUAAGCGGAUGGCAGCCACGUUGGUUUGUGCUUGAUGGAGGAACUUUGUCUUACUAUGACUCUCAAGAAGAUGCCUGGAAAGGUUGCAAGGGCAGCAUUAAAAUCUCAGUUUGUGAAAUCCAAGUUCAUUCCUCUGACUCUACACGAGUUGACCUGACCAUACCAGGAGAGCAGUACUUUUACCUCAGAGCCAUCAAUGCAGCGGAGAGGCAAAAAUGGCUGGUGGCACUGGGAACAGCCAAAGCCUGUCUGACGGACAACCGGACAAAGAGAGAAAAAGAGCUCCAGGAAAACACAGAGGCGCUGAAAACUAAGAUGUCAGAGCUCAGAUUGUACUGCGACCUUCUCUUACAACAAGUAAACAGGAUCAAGGAGAAUGAUGAGCUAGGAGACACAGCAGAGACAGGCAUAGACACGGGAAACAUUGUGAAGUCUACAUGCACAACUUUCCUUAGGACUCUAGAAGAAUGCAUGCAGAUAGCAAAUCGUACUUUCAGUACAGAUAUGGCAACACAGAGUCCACCAGGAUCCCCUACAGAUGCAGCCAUCAAACCUCAGAAGAUUAAACCUGGCAAUCAUUUAAAUCAGAAUCUUGAGGAAAAAUGGAGUGAUUUACCUGAACACUCAGGAGAAACAAUUGCACAUGAAACCCAGAGCCUUGACUCUGGAGCAGAGGGACCAGAUGAGCCUGAUAGACCAGAUCACCACUCUUCCCCAUCAGACAGCGAAGCAGCAAACGGCACUGGCUUGCUCCUCGAGGAGCAGGUCACUCCUUCUUUACACACUGCCCAGAAUACCUCUGAGAUCGAACAGUACGAGCAACCAACAGAGGGGGAUGAGGGAAGUGAAGAGGAUGAUACAAAAGAGACAGAAAAAGAGCAGAAGCACAAAGGGGACCAAAGUCAAGAGCAUGACAACAAUAACCAGGAAGUGAAUGCUGUGCAGCCUCAGCACCAACAGGAAGCUCUUCCGGACCAAGAGGAGGCUCAGCAGGAAGUAGAUUCUUCUACAGAGCAAGAAGACACAGGGCAGGUGGAAACUUUCUUCAGCACAAUGAGUCACAGAUUUAGUGAUAUAAGACUGGACGACGACAAUGGUAUCCCUACUCAAGAGUUUUUGGACUCAUGCUAUGCAAUAGUGCCUGUAUUAGACAAGCUGGGCUCCACAGUGUUCGCACCAGUUAAAAUGGAUUUUGUUGGAAAUAUCAAGAAAAUUCACCAGAAGCUGAUGUCAGACCCCGACAGCUUCCCAACACUACAGUCCAUUGUGCUGCAUGAAGUCCACAGACGCGUUGCCAAGGUUCGCAACUCGGCCACCGAGGCUCUGCUAUGGCUCCGACGAGGCCUGAAGUUCCUCAAAGAGUUUCUGUCAGAGGUCAACGCAGGAGAACAAGACAUUCAGGGAGCACUGAAUAACGCUUAUGGAAAGACUCUUCGACAGUACCAUGGAUGGGUUGUGAGAGGCGUGUUUGCUCUGGCCCUACGAGCUGCCCCGUCUUAUCAAAACUUCAGUGCCGCCCUGGUGUCAAAUGAAGGCGACGAGCUGAAGAGCAGCUUCAUCAGCGGCGUGCACAGAGACCUGGGAGUGUACCUGCCCGCCAUGGAGAAGCAGCUGGCUGUCCUCGAUGCUCUGUACGAUGAAUACAACCUGGAGUCAGAUGAAGUGGUGUGAACCUGAACACGGAGACAAUCCAGGCUCAAGGAAGAACAGAACCUGACUGCUGAGGGCAGAGUUGUGGUAAACUGCUAAAGGCAAGGGGCAAGAUUCAUCAAAGUGUGUCUCCUGUACAAAACAGUGUGAGCGUGUCCCGCGUCAGUGUGAGGUGUUACCAGUGGUUGUGGACUCUACGACUGUAGAGGCUCUAGUUUUGAAGAAGGUAUUGAUGUCGGUAUUUGGGAACCCACAAGGGACAAGGCAAGCAUUAACAAUGAAGGCAUUAUUGGCUGACAAAAUGUAGUUUCUGGGUCUUGUUUAAAAGACUAUGAGACAGUGAAGGGGUUAAGCCCUGUUGUGCAGACUCCAACCCUAAUGAUUCAUGGUGGCUAUUUUGUGUAGAUUCUGUUGUGGUGAUGUGGCUUUUUAUGUUCUGUACGUGUUUUGAGGUACAUAAGCACAGGGAGUAUGGUUCCAGUAACAUCCCUGGAGGAUAACUUGUGAUUGUCUUUGAUAUAAAUAGUUUUAAUCAUGACUGUCCUUCCCCUUGGAGCAUGAAACAGGUGAAACUUGCAGCUAACAAAAGCGCUAUUUAUUGAAAAGCAGUAUGCCUAAAGUAUGUGAUGGAAUUGCAUAAUGGGCUAACAUUAGGUUAAUUAAGUAAGCAUAAUGCACUGACAGUUGAAGUUAAGAGGAAAUAUUACACAGCUAUGUUUGAUUAAUAUAAUCAAAAUCAAUUUUGUGUCCCUGAAAUUUUACUCCAGUUUUGACAAUGUUUUGUUUUAUACCGCUAACAUGCUAUGAGCUAAGACUUCAGAGACUCUCCAUGGGACCAAAAAGGAACUGUCAUGUGAAUGGCUUUAGCCUGAGCUGCCUACAGUACCACUCAAGAGUGAAAUAACAGUAUAGCUGUUUCAAGUACUGACAACUGCUGAAUAUUUAUGUCGGCAUCCUCUGCACAAACCUAUGCAUAUUAUGCAUUGUCACAAUGUCUAUUAAUCAUGUCUUAAGUUAUGAAGUUCAUGUUUAUGUCAUGAGGACUGUGAGACGUGUGCUGAGCUUUUGAAUGAAUGUAUGGACAUUUGUACCCAUAGAGCAUGUGGAUUGAUUGCAUGUUUUUAUGUAUUAAGUAAUAUAGAUGCCAUUGGAAACUCAGACCUAUAAUUAACGUAAGGAAAUGAAUCAUCUUAAAUGGGAAAGAUUAUAAAAGUUACCUUACACAGAUUUUCUUUUCUCCGUAAUAAUGAACAUCAACCUUUAGCAAGUCUAUUCUACAGAUUGUGUUUCUCUUCACCAUUUCACCCUCGCACUGUCCUGCAUUUACUUGAGUGUUUUUUACCAGCCAUACUCAAUAUUUGAUGAUGUCGAUUCAACAAAUAAGUGGUUAGACUCCACGUCCUGGACACGUUCAAGUUUGUCCACAAAUUCACUGAGCCAUUCGCACGAAGCAGGAACAUCCUCAUAGGGCUAUUAUUCACAAACCACAAAGUAUUUUUAACUUUAUUUUGACCUUAAUGUUUGAAUUUUCGAGAAUGCAGUCAGUAACACAUCUUCAAGUCGAUAAUUGGCAGAAGUUUUACACAGCUGGUAUGCAAUCGUUUUUUGUUGUUGUCUUUAAGGCCCUAAUUUUUUCUGAAAAUAUGUUAUUGUAAUAAUAAAAACAUUUUGAUUUUUUUUUCUAUGAUUGUAUAUAAGAUGCUAUUGGAUUUUUACAAAAUAAAAAACUAAGUUGUC